AUGGCGACCAGACAAGUUCUCAACCGACCCGGCUACAGUUCCGCCAUCCUUUCAGAGGCAACAGUGCACAAUGGCGUCGUGUACUGCGCUGGCAAAGUUGGGCUGGAUCCUGUCAAGGGCACGCUUGUGUCAGAUGAUGUGACAGAACAGACUAGGGCCACCCUGAACUUGCUCAAACUGGUGCUGGCCACCGCAGGGAGUGAUUUCACCAAGUUACUCAAGGUCAACAUCUACCUCAUCAACAUGGCUGACUUUGCUGCCAUGAAUGCUGUUUACACCGCCAUGAUUCCGGAGCCACGGCCAGCAAGGAUAUGUGUCACCGUCAGCGAGCUUGGAAAGGAUGCAAAGAUUGAAAUGGACUGUAUUGCUAUUGCUGGGGACAAGCUGUAG